CCAAACCUUUCACUCAUACAUAUAUCUACAAUACCCUUAUCUUCUAAUAAUAUUCUCUGCCCUAACCGCUUGCGGUGAAUAUUUAUACACGCAUCUUCCCAAAUUCGCAAUGGUUCGGCGUUCAUUAGUACAAAGCAAAUUGACACCGGAGACAUGGCUUCUCCUUUCUUCUAUAUUCAUGACGACAGUCAACGCCGCUGGCGAUCCGACCCUUUCUCGGCGCAACCUGUUUCCAUCGGCUGCCAAAAGCAGCCCGGGAGCGACCACAGUCCAGCCUCAGGCUACCGGUCCUGCUGCCAGUGGAUGUGUUCAGCCACCGCUUACCAAUACCACAUGGAUCCAACUGGGGAUAGACAACUAUCUGGCCAAUCUUCCAAACGGUACCUCUUUGAAUCUUCAGCACUAUGCAGCUUCAGUUGGAGCUCCUGAUUUCAUUUGCGGAAUUGGAGAAAAGUGCCAGGCUGGCCAGUUGUGCAGCCCAGUCCAAGCACCUGGGUGGGAAGUUUUGGUUGCAGCACAAGAAUGGAAUAACUAUCAGAACCAAUUUUAUGAAGCAGUGGGUACUGCAGUUCAAAUGGUCACAUCUAUUUCGGGUGCACUUGUGGUCGACUUGUACCCACCUAGCCACACCGGUGGUAUCUGGGAUAUAUUCAAUAGUUUCAAUUUGGCUUCUGGAAUCACUGCCGGUGUAGUUGCUCUGCUAGUUCUACUUGUCGGGGCCGGCGCUGUCAUUGCGACACCUCUUGCAAUCCUUUCUCUAAGUGCCGUAGCAGUAACCUUCGGUGUUACUGGCACAAUCUCCAUACAGGAAGCACUGAAGCACCGCGGAACGAAUGCAUUCGAUAAAUUUUCGGUUUACGCUUUUUACCUGUCCGAAUGGCAGAAGCACGCUCAAAAAAGUAUUGCCAACUACACAAGAAGCAUCAUUGCAUCGGGUGUCAGUUCACCUCAAGGUAUAUCAACCGUCUUGAAGAAUGGUACCUUCUUUCGCGAGCGCCCUAGCUUGAAUGAAGCGGAAUUAGUUUCAAGCCUCAGAAACACUACCACAGUUCGCAUCAUGACAGAUAUUCUUAGAAGCCAGGGAGCAUUUGUCACGAUCGCAAGUGAUAAAUGCACUGGAAAGGGCCCAGGUGGAGCCUGGAAAGGAACCGACAAGUUGUCUUAUUGCUCCCCCAAUGGAACCAUGUUCAACAUCAUCCACUCGGGUAAAAAGAAAGUUCUUAACACAUGGUGGAACGCUGAUCUGAUUGCCAAGAAAUACGGAAUCUCAGUCCAAUACCUUGCCGAACAAUCAUAUUUUUGUCAAUUGAACCACGGCACGGCAAACUUUGACCCUUACAAAUCUAGUGCUUUUCCUAAAGAUUUGUCAGCCGAGUGUAUUUCAAACCUUCCUGUCUGCGAUUUCAGAAAUCCUGAUGUCGCCGAAGCCAAGAAAGAGAAGAACACCAUCCACGCUUGCCGAAAUGUUGCGAAGCUUCCAAUCUGAGAAUUUUUGGGAUGCGUAAACUUUGCAACGAAUAUAUCAUCAUGCAUUGCGGUGUUUAUAGAUGUGCUCGUGGGCUUCUUUCACAUGAAGCGGGAAAUAAACUGCUCUCAUUUUCACAACAUUUGAAACACUUUUUCUCUAUUCAGCAGAACCUCUACUCUCGCAGAAAACAACCACCAAAGGGAAGCCCAGAUCCUCAUCUCCAUGAUUUCUUCUGAGGUCAAUCUUUCAAAGGAUUUUUUUCUUUUUCCUUCAAUAUUCUUUGCAGCUCAAAGUCCCACCUUUUUUUCAGCAGUAACAAAAAAAUUACACUUCAUUUUCAUUGCCUCAUGCUUAUGUUUAUUUGUUUAGCAACAUCCAAUGUCCCUUCUCAGUAUUUUGUUGCAUAGAUUUACUCUUCCUGUGUUCUUUGGGUGGCCUCAAGACAUACAGUCCUGUAUUGCCUCUAUGCAUAAUCAAACCAAAAUUAAAAAAAUAACUACAUUUUUCUCAACUCCUGUUUGGAAUUGGAAAUUGGAAUAUUUGAAUUUGUGGCCUGAUCUUUGGUGCAAAUUUGAUCACCGUUGAAAAUUAUGAAAUAAUGCAUAGUGUGAAAUCUGGAGGAAGAAUGAG